GCAGAAUUUUAUCUCAACGUCCGACGCCAGGCAUUUGUACAGAGACGCUCAUCCUGACAAUCGCAGGUAUAAAGGACCGUGUUCUUUUACAAGUAAACACAACUCACUCCAGCAAACCGAUUGUUCUCAGUUAGGGCUCGAUUUAAAUCUCUUUUUGAUUUGGAAAUAUGAAUAGCACAUUUCUUUGGAUGCUUUUAGCUCUAGUUUUAUUAUCUUUUGUAUGCCUGGGAAGCACAUUCACACCCGGUGCGGGAUGUCAUAUAGCUAAGUGCAAGAAACGUCAGGUGGUGCGAAAAUACAGCGAUCAACAGGUAAUUCAUCAGUAAUGCAUCCUCAGCAGUCCAAAAAUAUGUUUUUAUGUAACCUAAGAGGAUGUGCUUAAGUUCAUUGUUUUCUGUUUUGAUCAAUGGAAAUUUUUUUUAUCCAAUUUAGAAACAGUCGGUUUCAAUUUGGCUAAAUGAAGAUCAUGAACUCAAUUUUAUCAUUCCUUCAUCACUCAUAAGCGGUGGAAAAUACCCGUCCAUGCUGACAGAGAGUACAUUAAUUUUUUUUACAGAGUGAAAUGUGUAGUUCUUGUCCAUUUGAUAAGUAUUUAUGCCAACUAGAACCCAGUACACAUAGCUUGUCAAACAGCUCUCUAAAAUCUUUUUCACGGCUGAUAACAGUGUAUCGAUCAAGAUCUUUACCGAACCCGUGGUUUAUCGAACUUUUUUUUCUUUGCUGAGUUGAGAAAUUAUUCACCGAAGGGGAGGUAAAUGACUGUUGUGUCAAAAAUCCGGCACGCUGAAUAACGAGUAUACCUAAAUAAGUAGUAAGUAAUUCAUCAGCCGCUUGGAGCCUCCGAACUGGCUGACCAAUCAGCACGCUCUAAAAGUACUAUUCUCCAUAUGGUUUAGACUCAUUUCGAUAAUGUUUUAACCAGCAGGAUUUUAUAAAGGCAUAUUGUGACAAAGUUCGUCCAUGUCCUGGGGCAAACGGAAAACGAACUCUUCCACGGCAGGAAGCUGUACUGGAGAGGGACCAGGAACGUUUCUGACUUGGAAGCCAAUAUGACAUAGCCAGAGUAAUUUAAAAAAAUUGUUUAGACGACCGCAUAUUUUCCGUAACCCAUGAAAAGAUUAUAUGAAUAUAUAUUUCUGUAAUUAUAAACCUUAGAUAAUAAAUUGUGAAGACUUGGAAUUAUUUUUAGGACUUCAUCAACAUAGUAUCGCGUAAAAUAUCAAUUCCAUUCACGAAAAUAAGUUUAUCAAAGCCUUAUGUGGAUUAAACAUUUUUAAAUAUUUUACCUCUUUUUAUCAGAGCUCGCUCGCCAUCUUAGCCACUUGCAAAGAUUAUUAUGAUAUUAGCUAAAGGAACAUAAAUAUGUAUUCCAACUAAAUUUAGAUAUAAGAUUAAAUUAAAAUAUUACGUGUAUAUUUGGGUCUUCAAUCUUAAAUCCGAGAUACUGAAUUGUGUAGACUUCAUUAACAUAGUAUCG